AUGCUUCUGGUUUGUGGAGGUUACGAAGGCGUUUUGCUCGGCUUAGAUUAUGAUCGUGAAAAACUUGAAACUUUGAAAAUUCCAGAGAAUCCUUCCUCAGAUGGUCCCUCUUAUAAGAAUGAAAUUGACGGCCAAAACGCACCUUUUACACAACUUUUUAGAGUUUCGUGUUCACAAGGUUCCAUAAAGUGUAUGGAUUUGAAUAGCAAUGUCCUGGUUUGCGGCGGUUCAGAUGAAACAGUACAAGUGUAUAAUAUUGAAAAGAUGAGUAAGCAUGGAGAAAUAAUGCUCCCAGAAGGUUAUAUCACGUCGGUGGCAGUUUUCGGAGGAGUAAAUAAGGGCUCAGUUUUAGUAGGCAAUGAAUACGGCGAGAUUUCAUUAUUUUUAACAAGAGACUUGAGCUUUCAAAAGUCCUUUAAAGGCCAUAAAAAGGAGAUUUCAGGCAUCUCAUUUCACUCUGAAGGGAAAGCCUUUAUCUCAGUUAGCCUUGACUGUUACCUAAGGCUUUGGGACCUAAACUCCAAAACAUGUGUUUUCUACACCCAACUCAACUUUCCGCCAAUAAAUGUUAGAUGGUCAAAUGGUUCUAAAUAUAUUUUAUCAUCGGAAAAUCAGGUAUUGGUGUGUAGUGGUGAAGAUGAUACAUUUAAAACAGUUAAAUCACCCACAAAUGAUAAAGUAACAUGUUGUUCUUGGUACGGAGAUUCUGCUGUGGUUAUUGGAUUCAAAUCAGGAGUGAUAUCCGUCCAUAGUGUCGACACCCAUGAUGAUUCUGAUAAAGUUUUAGCGAGUUGCAAAGUGCACAAUAAGAGGGUGAAGUCCGUAGUGGCCAAGAAUGGUUAUAUUUUCAGUGGAGACUCAGAGGGAACUGUUUUAUGCUGUAAAAUUUUAGAUGAAAAAUUACAUCCAAUCCUGAAACAUGAUAUUGGAUUUAGACUUAAUGUACUUGUUUCAUAA